UUCUCAGCAGAUUAUUCUUCUUCCACUACUGUUACAGAUCCCGAAAUACUCGACGUCUUUCAGAAGUUCGGAACGCGGCAAAUUCAGAAAUGAAUUCUCCAGAGGAGCAGUGAUACGUUCCACAACUAACCCUCCAAGGUAUAUUCCAACAAUCCCGUCGGCCCCGUACAUACCAACAGUGCCAACAGUGACUCCUCCUCGAACAACGGUAAUCGAAACAGGAGCGAAGGACCCCGACCUGGGACUCGAAGUGAUAUCUUUCAACGAUCCAGUCAAACCCGUUCAAUCGGCCAACCUGAUCAGUGACGAUUACAUCUCCUCCACAGCAAACUCCCUCUCUGUCGCUCUGCCAUUGGUCACCGACACGUCUACGGAAAAACCAAUCUCAAUAAUAGAACGGAUCAUAAACUCCAUUACGGCGAUAUCCACAAGCUCACCCCCACCGGCUCCCCCAAGUACCGCCAGUACCACAGAAUCGGCUUCGGCCAUCCUCAAGCUGGCGCCCAAAAAGACUAAACAACUAGACUCUAACGACAUAACGCAGACGUACGCGACAACAGACAAAGCGACCACAGAAAAACCUACUACGAUUAUCGAAAGAAUUCUGAGCUCCCUGAAUGCGAUUCAGGCAACGGACAAUACAAGCUCUGCUCAAGUACGUACCGAUUUUAACACCCUGAGCUUCUCCACCACUCCUUCAGCUAAAACUAUCACAAGUAGAAACACUCUCCCCCAGCACAUUAGCACCACCGUCAACCCUGUGAGUGUCUUGGACGAAAUCACCACGGAACAAGUCCUUGAGAAGCGUGCCAUCGGUAAACUUCUAGAAAUACUCAACGGCUUGAUAUCUACGACGGAGACUCCGGAGGAACUUGUUGUUGUAACACCGAAAAGCGCUAAUCUUGUCUCCACAACAAACAACGAAAUGGUCAUAUCCACCGAAUCAAUUUCAAGCACGGCGCUUCCUUUGAUUUCCACCAAUGUACCUGGUACUGCUCCCACCACGACUCUCUUUGACUCCACCACUCAAAAAAGCCCCAAAUCUGAUUCUAGUAUUGGCAAUGAAAUAGACUCUUCUUUCGAUGUUUCUGGUUCCACCAGCUCCACUGCCAUAUUGGGAUCUACUACUCCCAUAAACCCGAACUUUGACUCUGCUGUUAGCAACGAAAUUGAAUUGUCUUCCACUGACACUUCUAGUUCCAUCUCCUCCAUAACCAUAGCCGAGUCUUCCACCCCAAAAGCGAACGAAGAAAUAUCCUCAGCUCCGUCAACUUCCUUUGAUAUUUCCGGUUCCAGCACCUCCAAAAUCGAACUGGAAUCUACUACUCUCAAAAAUUCUGACUUUGACUCUACUAUCAGCAACGAAAUUGAGUUGCUCUCUAACGAUGCCUCCAGUCCCCCCUCCUCUACAACUAUAUCUGAACCUACUACCCCUGAAACAAACGAAUUGGAAUUAUCCUCAGUGAUAUCAUCAAUUUCUACCGAUAUUUCUGAGUCUAUCACACCCAAAAAUGAAAUAGAAUCAUCCACCAGUGGCACUUUGACAAAUGCUGCUACAACCAUUAUGGCCUUGGCUGAUUCAGGUGCAACCCGGUCUGAUUCAACCACCGCUCCUUCUGAGGUCACUAGACUCACUCCUGAUAGCGUGUCUUUCACUAUGGCACCAUCACUCCCAGCCACAUCAACAGAACCUGACGCCACCACUGUGUUCAUUGACGUUCGCAGUGGGGAACCAGAUAUGUUAGGUACUUCUAGUACCACCACAGAAAGUCAGAUGACCGCAAACCCACCUCCUGCUAUAACCCAAGCUGGAGGAGCUUCCACUUCUGAAGCCGCUUCGUUUCCCUCAACGACAGAAGUAGAUCUCAGCGGUACCACCGACACUAUUGUUUCUCUCCUAUCUACUCUGCCUUCCCUCUCUAAAUUCCAAGUGAGCCCGGAAAGUGUUUCUAUAUUCUCUGCUAACGAUUUGUCUAACUCCAUCACUCACGAAGAUAACCUCUCUACAACCGUAACAAUAGCCAGUAGAUCAAACUUUGAUAAUAUCGGUACUACUGAAAGUAGUACCACUACCGAAGACGCUACUGCCGAACCUGUCUCUACGGAGAUCAGUACUAAAGAAGAAAUGAUGACCACCACCAAGGAAAGUAUCACGACGAUGAGUAGUAGUUCUACGCCGAGUAGUACCCCAGUUGUAAAUAGUACCAGUCCGAGCAGCUCCUCUAACGAAUUCUCUAACAGGUCCGGUAGACUGUUGAAUUUUGAUCCCGACCCCGUUCAAAACAGCAUUGAAUUCUCCACUCCUAGUACUACUACUUCCACAACUCCCGACUACUAUAUCUUCGCGAUACUCAAUGAUAACACUAUCUUGCGUAAGAAGCCUCCUACAGUACCGAAUAAGAACACCCCCUACCUCAUAAUAGGUGUUUAUCCAAACAACACCGUCGUACGGAAAUACCCGAACGGUACUAUCGUUCCAAUGGAACAGAUCAUAAGGGUAAGGGGAUUCGAUACUCGGGAAAACCCCCCACCAUUACCAGAAAUAACCAGUAACCAAGUAACCAAUGAUCAAGGAGGUUCUCAGGAUAGUAGAAUCCGAACGGCCUAUCAAAGUACCAUCCCGACGAUUGUGGCAAACAAACUGUCAGUAGACAGCGUCAGCACCAGUACAACACCAGAAACUAACAUUCCAAAUAGCCGCACCUCAAAAACCCUACGCACAGAAACUAGAUUCGCAAUUCCAGACACAGGUGGUACUAUCAGCACCCAAGGUACAACCGCGUCUACGGUUUCCAGUACCGCAAGCAGUACUACUUCUACUACAAGCGGUACCACUUCAACCACGAGUGACACUACCUCUACAACGAGUGGUACUACCUCGACUACUAGUGGUACUGCUUCGAGUGGUACUACCUUGGGUUCCGGUAGUGCUCCCAGCGCCCCCAAGGUUACCACGACCGAGAUUGGUACUGCACCCAUUGCUGUCGGUGCUCUUCCCACAGAAUUGGUACCACUCGAUUCGGGUACUACCUCGGAAAGCGAUACUAAUCCUACGCUGGAAACGCUAUCCCAAUUAUUGUUGAACGGCAGAACUUUGGAUGCAUACAACGACAUCGUUAAUAGCGUAAAGAGUAGUACCCCAGACACUGAUACAAAUCAAACACCAGAGGGUAAUCAGUACACUGGAGUUUUGAACAUACAAGACUUGAUAAUGGGGAAAAAUACCAAUUCCGCGUUCCGGGGGAAACCAGUGACGACAUCUUCAAACCUCAACAAGCUCAAUCUAACGACGGUACCACCUCCAAGUAGUACCAUAGCUAGCACCACGUCUGAGCAAAGUACUACAUCCCCAGUUAUAAUCCCCGAAGUAGCCAGUACACCAGAUAUAUCUAAGGUUCAAUCCACCACUCCUCAACAAGAACCUGUAACACUGUCAAACGUCAUUCUGGAAGACCAGCCUCCAAAAGAAACUACCUCAACCACAACUACUACAGUUCCAACAACAACCCUAACUACUACAACAACUACAGCUUCCACAACGACGGCAGCUCCAACAACAACUGCGCCUCCAACAACAACUGCGCCUCCAACAACAACUGCGCCUCCAACAACCAGCACGGCUCCUGCCACAACACAACGGAGAUACACCUCUACUCCUAUCACGACCUUAUUAUCUGUUCCGACAACCGUUACCAACCUUCCAACCGCCACAUACUACCCUGCCUUCUUUACCACUCUGUUUCCUGGUUUGUUCACCACCGAAACAACGUUGACUACAGCACCACAGGUGAGAAGUACUAGAGCGCCUCAAAUAAUAAGGAUAUCUGCAGCUCCAUCCGUUACUGAAACAAUAUCUCCCGCUGCUACUACAACGAGAGCAACCACUUUAGCCCCAGCAACAACUGAAAGAACAACUACAAAAGCUACAACGGCUGCGCCUACAACAAUUACCACAACAACAAUUCCAACUACCACAACUAGACAAACAACGACAACCAUGCUGCCUACAACUACGUCUAGAGAAACAACUACAACCAGGCUAACUACAACUACUACUGAACAAACUACUACAACUCUACAAGCCACCACGGCAACUUCAACAACCAGAAGGAGUGAAGCUGCUACUGAAUUGAACACGAUUGAGAUUACUACUGUGAAGAAGUUGGCUAAGAAGCAGCUGACAGAAGAGCAGAAGGAGAAUUUGAAGACUUUACGGAAGCUGGAAGAAGAACAAGCCGCUCUGUUGAAGCAGUUAUCGUUUUUGAUGAAUUUGGGAGGAAUCAAGGCUGCUCCAAAGAGAUCCGGAAAAUCUGUUGAACCUUCCAGUAACAAUUUGGCACAGAGGGUUAUAGAACUCGCCUUAGAAAGAGACAAAACUGCAAAAACCACUACCACUACCACGACCACAUCCAAGAUACCAACGUCGAUACAAGACCAACUGGCAGCCAUUGAUGCAAGUACCGUUGACACUAGCAUUGAUGCCAGUAGACAACCGAAGAAGGACACGCCAUCUUUUGAAGAUGUACUGAAGCAGUACAAUCUGAGCGAUCUAGACAUUGCUUCAACCCCGAAAUCAACGGCUUACGGGAAGUCCACAGAUGCAAUCCUGGCAACCAUUUUGAAAGACCAGGGUAUUGCUCCAUCUACCCCCAAAAGUCUGGGAGAUCAGAUCAAGCAAGCGGGCAUUUUCGAAACCACUUCAAAAAAACCCAAACCUAAACCCAAACCAACCACUCAGAGACCUCCUGGUCCGCUAAUGCAGGGUCUCAACUGGCUCUUAAACGCUCUGGCACCUCCUCCCAAACCUGCUCCCAAACCUGCUCCCAGACCCACCCCAACGAGAAAACCGGCCAAACCUGUCAAACCCAAAAAGCCACCAGUCGAUCAAGAACUCUUGGCCAACUCUCCAACUCAUAUAACCCCAGUUGUCACUCCCACCCCUCCAAAAUCCACCGUGAGUAAAGCUGCCAAUGCCCUAACCCAAGAAGACAUCCACAAGCUCAUAAAGCAGCUCGAGGGUUUGCAGAAGGACCCCUCUAAGGGUUCCCUGGACUUGUCCCAGAUCAAGAGUAUCCAGAACCUCAUCAACUCUGACGAGGGGGUGGUUGUAAUGACCAAUGGGGAGCAUGGAACUACGUCCAGAGCGACUACGACCCUAAGAUCAACAACUGAGCGAAGACAAGUAAGGAAACUAGUGACAAGAGCCCCCCUGCUUACAGUCAGCAACAACGUCAACGGUGUUGAAGUAGAGGUUAAGACUACCCGCAAACCUGCGAGACCUCCGAUAGGGUUCAGCCCUGUUCCAGGUGUGGACGAUGAUUCCUCGGAAUCGCUGGUCAGAAGCAACUUGAUCACGGCAGCUGUCAAUGUCACUAGGGCGAUUUCUGGGUUCCUUGGGACGGCUUUGCAGACUGUUUCUCAGGGUGCAGCACAUUCCUUCCAGUCGCUUCUAGGAUCAGGGGCAUCUCUGGGAAGCAGAGUAUUUGGCAACGUAGCUUCAGGAUCCUCAGCAGGUCCAACUUGAGCCUAGCCUGAAUUUAGGAUAGAUAUAUUUAUUUAACGGAAUUCUGAUUGCCAUAGGCAGGUUGGAAAUUAAAUAUGUCCUAAUGUGAUUGAAUCAUCACUUGGGACUACAGCUCAAUCAGUGGUUUUCUUCUGUUCCCUCCUGCCUAUGUUUCUGGACUGUGGUCACAGAACUCUUACUCGUAUCUUGGAACAAGAUAUUAUUAUGAGUUCUGUGCCGUGGACACAAAAAACGAUUGAAGUGUACUGAAGCUUUGGAGGUUCAUCUUUUUUGUUGGAUCAUACCUUGCAGACGUCUUGAUUUCUAUAAAAUAUUUGACAAUUGACUCAUGAAACAGAUAAUCGUAGAUUCAACAUGCUUUUUUGGAUCCUGUCAUGGAAAAUGCAAACUACUGUGAACUCUUGUGGAAACUAGCUCUUCUUUCACCAAUCUGUAAUGGAAUCCGAGUAUACUUCAACUUUUCAUCAACUGAGUGUCUCAUCAAUCAUUUAAAAAAGGUUAUGAAGGUAUUUUCCAAGUGGAAAUUGAAGUUUUCUUCAUUUUGUUACAUUUCAAUCGUUUUUAGAGCCACUGUUGGCCUGAGUAGCACAAAUUUUCCAGGGGCACUUGAGAAUAUUAAAAUUAUUGAAUCUAUUGAAGCUUGGGUGUUAGUCUAUUUGUACUACUUAGAUGAAAAUGAAACCUUGUAGUAAAACUGAUUGCUUUGGGGUUUCAUAACUACUAUUAAAAGAGUUCUUUUUGUUAUUUCGUGGGAAAGAAUGAAAUGAAAACCCUUCACUUUGUUCGAAACUUAUUUAGAAAAGCCAGCUGAUGUGAAAUACUCAAUUAGGUCUAGUUGUUUUUGUAAAUGUGUAUCUAGCUCAUUAAAGUAGUUUUUAAAACAUUAUUCGAAAAAAACCUUUAGGUCUUUUGUAAAAUAAUAGAUAUAAGAUUUUUCCUAUCUACGUUGUAUAUAUUGACUUAGAAAUAAACAAUGAAACACAUAUAAAAGCUCAUUAA